CCAAACCCAAAAAAAAACAUCGAAUUUCAGUUCACCAUUUUCCGGCAAAAUCUCCAUUUUCCGGCGAAGUCUGCGAGAUAUGAGAAAUGACGAAUUUGUCCUGGCCGAGAUGCUGCCGAAGAAGAGAGCCGGUCGGAAAGUGUUCAAAGAGACACGUCAUCCUGUCUACAGAGGAGUACGCCGAAGAAACGGCGACAAGUGGGUAUGCGAAGUACGUGAACCGAAGCACCAACGGCGUAUAUGGCUCGGCACCUAUCCCACGCCGGAGAUGGCGGCGCGUGCACAUGACGUGGCCGCACUCGCUCUCCGCGGCCGUUCCGCCUGCCUCAACUUCGCAGACUCCGCCUGGUGCCUCCCUUCGCCGGAUUCCGACGAUCCCGACGUCAUCCGGAGCGCGGCGGCUGCGGCGGCGGAGAUGUUUCGUACGCCGGAGGUAGGGAGUGAGAUUACGGUUUUGCCCUCCGACGGUGGAGGGUCUGCGGAGGAGGAGGAGAUGACGAUGAUGAGUAGAAUAGCGGAGGAGCCAUUGAUGUCGCCGCCACGGCCGAUGUACUACUACGGGGAUGUCGGCUCAUGUGUGUACGUGGAUGAUGAUAGUUCCUAUGAUGACGUGUCCUUGUGGAGUUAUUAAAUUCACAUGUAUCUGUGUGCAUGCGUGUGUGUAUAUAUAUGGAGUGUGGUUAGAACUUAGAUCCUCUGUCCAAGAUUCUUUGACGGAACUAUUUGUCAGAUUCCUGGAACCUUCUGAAGGUUUAUUUUUUCUGAAUGUGACACAAUAUUAAUUAAUUAAUUAAUUAGUA